AUGGACCAUCUCACUGCUCCAGCUUGUUUCUGGACAGAUUUCCUACCUAAUCUCAUCUCACGAUUUUUUUUUUCUAGUGACCCUCUCUCUAACAACCUGAUCUGCAAGCCUGGACAAAACUACUGCAGUGGACACUCUCUGCAGACCAACAUUCUUAUGUCAUGCGCUGCGGUGGAUGUUCUAAAGAUCUACUCAUGUGAUGUCCAGACUGUACUGACAGGAGUUUGUUUCAGGCUGUCCCAUGUUCUUCCUUCUGGAUACAAGACCUCGGCGCUGUGCUACCAAUCCUCUCCCUCGGCAGGCGACGCAGUAUGCACCUUCAACGGAACUGCAUACGAACUAGACGGGACAGCCUUCUUUCUUCCUCAGUCAUUACUGUCUACUCUCAAAGAUAGCUCAGCAGGGGGCGAUGCACAAGAACCUACCAAAUCUAGCAAAUCCAGCAGCUCUGUUGAGACUAUCUAUGUUCCUGUUCCCAUUCCAGUGCCGGCAGUUGAUACGGAUGACUUUCCGGCGGAGACAUCUCCUUUAACUGAAUCAGCAAUUAUUACUGGCAAGGUAUAUCCCACUAUAACGACUGAAAGUAAUACUGAUACUGAAUCUCCUUCACCAUUACCAUUGUCGUCGCCAUUUUUAUCUUGCUCUCUUUCCUUGCAGCCUGAGCCUCUACCAAGCGCUCCACUGGGAACUGACUUUUUCACCUACCCAACAACCACUCCCAUAACUACGCUUACAACCACGGCUACAACCAGCAGCAGCAGCAGCAUUUUCCCAUCAUGGAGUAGUAGAGCUACCAUCAUCACUACUACCACUACUACUACUGUUGUUACCAGUACAAAACUGCUUCCUCAUACACCUACAUCUAUAACCACAGGAGCUACGAGUACAGCUAAAGCUAAAGCUAGCAGCAACAAAGCCACCACCAUGCAUAUGCAUCAUCAUCUUCAUUGGCUUUUUGGUCUGGAUCCUGCAGCUGCAGAUAUUUUCCUCGUUGGGGCUGGGUGGUAUUGGGAAAUGAGGAAGAAGCAGGAACAGGAGAAUGUUUAA